ACUGUAUAUGGUAAAUGUUUUCUCCUAUACUUUGUUCAUUUUUAAUUCCAAAACGUAAUCUACUUUCUGGAUAACCCUUGUAUAUUGAUAUCGGGCUUGUCCCCAUGUGAGCUGCCCCGAAUCUCCCUGGGGGAGAUGGGAACGGGAUAUAAAAAUAAAGUUAUUAUUAUUAUUAUUAUUAUCAUCAUCAUCUACGGUAUCUAUCUAUCUACCUACCUACCUAUCUUAGCUUUAGAUAGCAUAGGGAAUGGCGGUGUUUGUUUUGCUGUCUGUGUCCCUGUUCAGGAGAUUCCACCUCACUUUCUGUCCCUGCGAGAAAUGCAUUUUGGAAAUAGAUUGUGGAAUAAAGCUUCAGUGAAGACCCCUUUUCCCCAUGAUAAUAACUAUUCCAAGAGUGGAUUUCCCUUCCUUCCAAGGGGCAGAUUUCUCUCCCUGUUGUCUCAGCCCAGUUCUUAACCCGGAGUCAUUUGCAAGUCGGAUGUUCGUAACUCGGGAGCGGCCUGUAUGUGCACAAUAUGUCUUCCUUGCCUUCUUCGGGUCAUAAGACGCCAGGGUGACUACUCUCCAGAGCGAACUCUCUGAGCCAUGCUUUCCAACCCUCGCUUGAUGCACCACCGUCUCGUGACUCCGUUCCCUUCAAAUCUCCAUAGUAAUGCUCCAUGAGACUCCCUUUGCAUUGGUCCAUGGCAGUUAAAACGGCGCGAAACCACAUUCAUGCCGUGUAGACGCGGCCAAAAAAUGCCUCCGUUUUUCUCCCUUUGCUUCCCAGGCGGAAGCCAAGCCCAGCAAUGAGCCAAGUGGAGCUGAUUUGGGGCGCUUUCUCCUUGAUGCUUUUGGGGGCCCUUGUGAGCAUGUGCAUGAAAUGCCAACGGGCAGAGAAGAACAAGCGGAAGACGAGCUUGGAUGGUCAGAGAAAUCCAUGUGCUGCAGCUGACUACACGACUCCAGAUGUGAGGGAGAGGCUCUCCGUACACGCUCAGAAGCACUCUUGCUCUCUGAGACCCAAAGAUCAGUCGGGAUUCGAGGUGGAACACUCCUGCUCCAGGAUGCAAAUGGAGCAGCACCCUGCUUAUGUCGAGCCUCUCCCUGCCACUCAUUAUUACAACUGCAGAAAAUUCUUAAGCACUUCAAGUGAUGAUGAUGCCCACUCCUAUCAAAAUGUGACCGGGCCAAUAGCAAGCAAAGCAUCUGUCUUGGUCAACGCAGACGUCUAUGAGAACAGCACAGUCGUCCAGUUAUGGAAACACGCUCAGGCCGCAGAAAGCUAUUCCUCGGACGAUGAACCAGAAUACAUGAACGCGGCCCAAAAACCCAGGUUUCCUGCCUGAAGAACCCUCCUUUGUAGGAUCCCGGCUCUUCCAUGUUUGACAUCAAGCUUCCGGCAAAAUACAGACAAUUGCAACUGGCUACAAAAUGGGCAGCAGGAAAGUUUUUAUGCCCCGCGUUUCUGUUUCUCCAAAUUCCGCACCUCACCAUGUUAAGCGUAUUUCUUUUUGGGUCAGGCUGAGCCACAGCAAAGUUGAUAAACUACAUCGUGUACCUUAAGCAGUUCUAUAUAUCCUGUAUUUCAUCCACCGCUGCGAAAUAAUCACGGCCCUCAUUUUUUGGGUGGCAAAAUUGGUAUUUUUUGUGUUCCUCGCAUAAUAGUCGCAGAGUUGUUUUGGGACUGAUUCUCCUUCCUUCCCUGAAGUCAAGGCAGUUGGGUACCCGCCGUUGCCCGGGUUAUGUGAAAAAGUUAUUUUUAAAAACUGUACACAAUGCGUAAGGUUGUGGGUGAACUAUAACUGACAUCAUGCCAGGUUAACCCGGAGAAACUCCAUCAGUACUUGAUGUUGGACAAAUUUGCUCUGGAUGCCUCUCCCUUAACCCUUUGCUAUUCUUUUCUGUGGCACACAACAAACAGAGGAAUUGAUCAGCAACUGAACAUACUGGAGAGGUUUGGGGACAAUGGACCAAUGGCCUAUAAUGCUGGCAUAUGAAAUAAAGUAUUAGCCUUAUUUGUA